AUGCAGGACGAAACGACGACUGGCGCUGGCCCGUCGCAACCCAUUGCUGCCCAUCAGCAGGUGUCGCUCGCCUCGGCCGUCGAGCAGAUCACCUCCACCUCCAACCCGCAAUCGCUCGCACGAUGGCUCACCAAGUUCGCGCCGAAGGAAGUCAGGGAGACCCUCCUCGCGUCUCUAUUACCAGGAGAUCAAGAUCCGCUGGAUAUACUCGAUGUAGAAACCAACACGCUCGGCGUCGUCUGGAUACUGUCCGCACGGCUUACGGCGUCCACCGCUGCACCGGUUUCGUUUGACCACAUCUCCCGCUUUUGCGCCACGUUCGACCCGGAGCAGGCGAGGGUUGCUCCCGAGCGCGUAACGAUGCUUGCAAGGGGGAUCUUCAGAUACGCCUCAGGCGUGAACGACAACGGCGCCAAGCUCGCCAUCAAACCGCUAUACGACCUCCUCACGCGCUACGCGCCCGACCUAUCCUACCUAACCACCGUCCACCCCAUCUUCCUUCACGCAUGCACGCUCGCGAACCACUUCCCGCCCGCGCUCCUCCUCCCCGUGCUCUCCGUGCCGAUCAGCAACGUCUCGCUCGAGCUUUCCGACCUGUCAUACACCGACAGCCUUGUGUACCACUACCUCGGUGGCUGCGCAUGGGCGAGGAUGAAGCGCUGGAAGGACGCACGAGACUUUUUCGAGCUCUGCAUCGGCGCCCCGGGCACGGCCGCGAGCGCGAUCCAAUGGGAAGCCGUGAAGAAGCUCGUGCUCGUGCAAUGCAUCUCCACCGGGAAGUCCACGCCGCUCCCGAAGUACGCGCACCCGGCGCUGACCCGGCUGCUCAAGAACUCGCCUUACGGCGCGUUCGCGAAGCACUACCCGGCGCAGCGCGACGCGCUCGCGAGCCUAGUGGAGAAGGAGCGCGCCGUCUUCGUCGACGAUAAUAACCUCGGGCUCGUUAACCAGGCGCUCGACCGCGUCCCGCGCUGGCUCAUCCGCGGUCUCACGCACACCUACCUCUCGCUCUCGCUCGCGGACAUCGCCAAGGCCGUCCGGCUCGACGUCGAGCGCGCGCGCGACACCGUCGUCUCCAUGAUCGACGAGGACGUGAUCACGGCGACGCUGUCGGCCGAGGGCACGGUGACGUUCGCGGACGCGCCGGUGCGGGUGUCGAAGGCGGAGAUCGAUCGGAUCUUGCUCGGGGCGCAGCAGCAGGGCUUGUUGCUCACCAAGCUCGACCGCGCGUUGGCGGGGAGCAGGGAGUACCUCACCAAGGUGACGUGCCUUCUGACUCUUUGUCUGUCGUCCCCUCCUCCCCCCCUCUCUUUCUAUUCAUCGUCUCUUGCUCGAUCUCUCUCCGUCUCUAUUUUGCUCCGUUAA